GGUUUCCAGGCAACCGGCCGACGGCUCCGGCCAGCGCGAGAAGCCCCGCUCGGCGAACUCUCCCCUUCCCCCUACGCCCCCCGCCACUCUCUCGGGCGGCUGGCUGUUCCAAAACAUAGAUCGAGAGCGACGGCUGGUGGCAGCCGCCACUGCGCCUGCUCCGGGGAGCGAGGGGGAGGGGGAGGGGUGUGUGUGUGUGUAUGUGUGUGUGUGUGAGCAGCGCUUUCUGCGCCUGCGCACUGAGCUGCCAGUUGGGGGGAGGGGAGGGGAAGGGACUUGACAAAAUGUCUUCCAAGUUUGAUUUUAAACAGCACAACAUUUGCUUUUAGCUUCACACAGACACUAAAACUUCCUCCUCUGUCCAACAUCUAAUCUUAGAAGAGGAGGAUUUACAGACAGAAAUAUCAAACCAAACAUCACGUCAAGAUCUGACAGAGUUACCCAACACAUCGGGACGUGAAUGUCAUCAGCCUACGAAUUUAGAAGGAGAAGUGUUUGUCUGUUCUGCCUGUUUCAAAAGGUUUUAAACAUUAAUCUAACUUGAAAGGCACUGAGAUGCAUGCACCCGAGUGAACCUGUUCCACUGCACUGACCGUGAAAGGAGCUUUAACCAGUUGCAGAGCUGCAAAACAUUCACAGCGGGGAGGAACCAGACAUGUGUUGUGUGUGUGGAUGAGGCUUCAACUGAUUGUAGAACUUGGAGAGACACAAGGGCCCCCACACCAUGGAGAAACCGUGGAAAUGUGGGGACUGUGGGAAGGGAUUCCGUGCCCCCUGUGAGCUGGAAACUCAUCGGCGCAGUCACACUGGGGAGAGGCCAUUCACCUGCUCUGUGUGUGAAAAGGGAUUCAUUGAUUCAUCCACCCUGCAGAGACACCAGCGAAUUCACACCGGGGAGAGACCAUUCACCUGCUCUGAGUGCGGGAAGGGUUUCAGCGAUUCAUCCAACCUGCAGAUACACCAGCGGGUUCACACCGGGGAGAGACCGUUCACCUGCUCCAUGUGUGGAAAGGGAUUCGCACGGUCAUCUGCCCUGCGGAAUCACGAGCGAUUUCACACCGGUGAGGGGUUGUUCACCUGCUCUGAGUGUGGGAAGGGAUUCAUUCACUCAUCCCUCCUGCUGACACACCAACGCAUUCACACCAGGGAGAGGCCAUUCACCUGCUCUCAGUGUGGGAAGGGAUUCACUCAGUUAUCCAGCCUGGUGAGACACCAACACAUUCAUACCAGGCAGAGGCGGUUCACCUGCUCCAUGUGUGGGAAGGGAUUCAAUCAGUCACCCAGCCUGCUGGGACACCAAGGUACUCGGACCAAUGAGAAACCUGUUCAAUGCUCUGACUGUGGGAGCUGCUUUACACACGACGCGCUGGUGGGCCAUCAGGUAGGAAUUCACACUGAGGAGAGGCCAUUCAGCUGCUGUCACUGCGCAAAGAGCUUUAGAAUGUCGUACGAUUUACUGAGACACCAGCGCGUUCACACCGGGGAAAAGCCGUUCACCUGUUCUGACUGUGGGAAGGGAUUCGGUGAUUCAUCCAACCUGCAGAGACACCAGCGAGUUCACAGCGGGGAGAAGCCGUUCACCUGCUCUGAGUGCGGGAAAGGAUUCACUCAGUCAUCCCACCUGCAGACACACCAGCGAGUUCACAGCGGAGAGAGGCCAUUCACUUGCUCCGUGUGUGGGAAAGGAUUCAGUGAUUUAUCCAACCUGCUGAGGCACCAGCGGGUUCACAAUGGAGAGAUUCGUUCACCUGCUCAGUUUGUGGGAAGGAAUUCACUCGUUCAUCCGAGCUGCUGAGACACCAUGGCAGUCACACCGAUUAGAGCCUUUCAGAUGCUCUGACCAUGGGUGUUAAUUGUCAAUUAUCAAUUGAGGUUAAGUAUCUACAGGUGGAGGGCAUUGAUUGUAUGGUUACAUAAGCCCAUAUAAGAGACACUGACAUAGAGUGGAGUCAGGAGGUCUAUAGCUGUAAUAUUUCACUCUGUGAAUAAAUCUAUACCAAGUAAA